AUGGAAUUGGAGUACCCACCUGGGAUUCAAGUGCCUAAUACGACAAACUGGGUUUUUGUGGAUUCGAAUGAAGGUAAGCUCAUUACUUUGAACGUGUGGAAUACCAAGCUGCAGGCAUUUCGAGGGUCUCCUGCAGACUCUGCCGGGCUUGUGCCGUACGGCGACUAUGUAAUUGGCUGGCGCGGCGGUCCACUUGAAACGGAAAGUGACUUUGUCCAGCUGGUUGAGCACCAUGCGAAUCAGCACUUGGCGCUGUACGUCUACAACACCGACUAUGAUCAUACGCGCGAAGUUGUUAUUGUGCCGAACCGCGAUUGGGGUGGUGAGGGGCUGCUUGGCUGUGGAAUCGGUUCUGGCUUAUUGCACCGAAUUCCCAAACCACAGCGGACAUUUGAGGAUUCAGAAGAAUUCGCAGCAGCGCCGCCGUUAGUGUAUGAGCCGCGCGGGCAGCCGCGGGCACAAAUAUCUGCCGCGCAGAAUGCACGGCCUGAAGCUAGCAUGCCGAGCAAUCUAACCGGCGUGACAGUGAGUAUGCAUGCGCAAGAAGAGGAAUAG